AUGUCCUCCGCGCCAACCACCAGCGCCUCGAAAGCCGAGAAAGGCACCGCCGAAGGCACACAGAAGGAAGUAAAGCCCGCCGCGGCAUUGGAGGAAGACGAUGAGUUUGAGGAUUUCCCUGUGGAGAGUAUGUCUUUCUACGUCUGGCUCUCUCCCAUCACCAAUAUCAUACCAUAACCAUACCUACAAUACAACACCCUCCCUCCCAAUCCCAAUCUCAAGUCCCCCACAAACACAAACAACGUUCCCCCCCGCAAGUCCUUCCAUAAAAGCUCCAGAAAACGCUAACAAAAACCCCCCAGAUUGGACAAAAGAAGAAACCGAAGUUCCAGACACCUCCACGCACCUCUGGGAAGAAAGCUGGGACGACGACGACACGAGCGAGGAUUUCUCGGCACAGUUAAAGUAAAUUUCCCUCCUUCCCUCCCACAUAUUCAUAUCCCACACAUCCCUCUCACAUCCCGCUACAGCCCGUCCCCACCGACACAAUAACACAGUCAAUCUAAUACUAACCCAUCUUCUCUAAUCAGGGAAGAACUCAAGAAAGUCGAAGCCAGCAAGAAACGUUGA